UCGACUUUCGUUAGUGUGGAAAGAACUGAGCUGUGAAUCGUUUGUACAAGUGCGUAGUAGACGAGAUAUUUUGUGCUAUUAAAAACCUUUCAGAGAAACCCAAGUGCAUUUCUUAUGCGAAUUAUUAAGAAAUUUGUGAUACUCUCCUCCGCUCUAUCCAUUUUAUUUGUGAUUCAAUUGUUUUUUUGCCGGUGGAUAUAUAUAUUAGGAGAUGGUGUUAAACCAACAUCGCAGGUGUCCUCAGCCUGGCGGCAGAUGCAUGUGCACCGAACGAUUGCUCUCUCUGAGGGAAAUGAGAGGGAAUAACCAACUAUUUGACGCGGUGUUGAGGUUGAAAGAUGGCGGCGUUUUUCCUGUCCACAGAGUGAUUCUCUCGAUGUAUAGCGAGUAUUUCAGGAACCUCUUCACCACUACACUGCACGCCCAUGAGCAGACUGAUAUUCUCCUCCACGGAGUCAGCUCGGAUAUGAUGACGCAAAUACUGGAUUAUGUUUAUUUGCGGGAGGUGAACAUCCACUGCGACAACGCGUGUCAGCUGCUCGUGGCGGCUGACUAUUUGUGUAUACCAAGCGUUAUUAAACUCUGCUGCAACUUCCUCAUGGACAUGAUGGACCUCGAUAACUGUAUCGACAUCAUGCAUUUCGCUAGGUUUUACUUCUGCGCCGACCUUGAGACCGAAGCUCGUCGCUUCGUUCUGCGCCACUUCGUGGUAGUGUCUCAGCAGAGCGAAGAACUGCUGGAAGUGGCUGCACAGGAGCUGCAAGCGAUAAUCGAGUCUGAUGAACUGAACGUUAAGUACGAGAAAGAUGUGUGGGAGUGCGUUCUCCGGUGGAUCAACCACGACCCGGACAACAGGAAAGGCCACAUCGCGGACCUCUUGGAUGGCAUCAGACUGGGACUACUUGACGAACAGUUUUUCCUGGAGACGGUAUCAAAGCACCCGUACGUGACGGAAAAUAAUGGGUGCAGACCAUUGAUCUCGGAGACCCUCGCGUUUCUGCACUACUCAGUUAUGAUGACGAGGGAAGACAAGGAAAUCGUGACACCAAGAAUUGCCCGCCCGCGAAUCCCAAACGACAUUCUUUUUGCUGUUGGUGGGUAUCGCGACAACAGGCCGACAGAUGUGAUCGAAGCGUACGACGCACGAGCAGACCGGUGGAGUGUGGUGGAGACGGUCGACUCGAUAGGUCCGCGAGCCGAACACGGCACGGCAGUUGUCGGUUUCGACAUUUACGUCAUCGGCGGUACCGACGGCUUUGAAUGUUUAAGCUCAUGUCGCUGCUUCAACGCUGUAACGAAGACAUGCCGCGAGGUGGCGUCUAUGCAUGAACGCAGAAGCAACUUCACUGUGGCAGUUCUGGGAGAGGUAGUGUACGCCAUGGGUGGUUAUGAUGAUCAUCAGCGACACGAAACGGCGGAACGAUAUAACUACAAGAUGAACCAAUGGUCUUUGAUCGCUCCUAUGAACACGAAGCGAUCCAAUGCAAGUGCGACUGUGCUAAAUGACAAAAUAUACGUCGCUGGUGGAUUUGAUGGUCACGAAUAUUUGAAAUCGGUGGAAGUGUAUGACCCGGAGACCAACCAGUGGACAUUCGUUGCACCAAUGCUUUCUCGACAUUGCUGUCUUUCUUGCGUCACCUUCCAUGGCAGUGUGUACGCCCUAGGAGGAUACAACAAUGCGACAGACAUGCUUAGUGGCGAAAAGUAUGACCCUGCAAAAGACACAUGGACUAAGAUCCCUGAUACGUGCUACUACCCACGCAAAGACUUCAACGCAGAAGUGGCAGACGACAUGAUCUUUGUCAUCGGUGGACAUGAUGGCGAAUUCAUCUUCGGUGUCGAAUGUUUCAAUGACAUGGAAUAUGAACGGUACUGGGAGGGAGAAAUGAAUGUUUGCAGAUCGUGGAUGUCGACCUGUGUAAUAAAGGACCUGCCGAAUGUAAAAGAUUACAUUUAUAAGAACAGAUACAGACUACUAGAAGAGAAACGUCAAGAAUUGUUGGCUCUUGAAACUCCGUGGCAGCAGGAGGAACAGGACAUCCAAGCCUUAGACGACAAACUCGACGAACACAGUUUUAAUUACGCUCCUAAAGAAAGUUAUGGUGAGGACUGGGACACAAUGUAAGAUCUGCUAAGAGAAAUAAAGAGAAAUAUCGUUUGCAGCAAA